GUCAAAUCGGAGGUCCUUUCUUCCUCGCCGACUUUCGGACCUACUUCGGGGCAACAGCCCUUUUCCGGGGUCGUGGAGCCGGAACAUAGCGGUCUGCACGACCUGAUGGAAGACCACCGCCAGCUGGUGCACCGUAGUUCGUACGAUAAAUAUCAACGACAAGAAGUCCCCCGGACCGCUGUUUUUCCUGCGACUCAGCUGGCAGCAAUUUUUGCUGCGGAUGAAUACCACCAAGACCAGGCGAAACAUUUUCAAACACAUCAUGCGUCAGACCGAGUAUGCCAUCCUGAUCUGCAACCCCGAGCUGGUAGCAAGCAGUCGCUCGCGUCCUCUGCCGGUGCUGUGACCAAUUUGUCUACAGCUGCUAGCUGCGCUGCUGUCAGCAGCAGCGGGAGCACGGCAGUCGGAGGUCCAAGCAGUAGCAGCAGCCUUGCGACGACGCCGGCGCUCCUCUCGAAGGCCGAAGUAGAACACGAACCCGCCGGAGCGGGGGUCCUCGGAGAGCAGGAGAAGUGGUCUCCGCACACGUUUGACCGUCAUGACUUACCCGCUUGGGCGGCGCCAGUAGGCGGCGAUGACUUAGGCGAAGCGCUACAACUUCCGCCAGCGCAUCCAGGUGAAGAAGACGAUGACGACGACGUAGAUGAGGACCUCGCGCGAAGUACACAACAACAGCAAUAUGAAAAUGGCGAACCAGGAGCAGGUGGUACUGGAAGCGGGCCACCAGCACCUGGUUCUUCCGAACCAACAGAACCCAGUCGCUCGGCAACGUGGGCGGAACUGCAGGGCUCCGGCUUCUGGGGGCCCCGUCGCCCUGUCAAGCCCAACGGAAAGGCGAUGCCCCGAGUGGCGCCCCCCUCGCCGGACACUCUGAAGCGGAUGCAGCGCGACCAUAGCUGCGUCGGAUUAUGUCCGUCUGGAGCUGGAGGUUCCUCGUCACCCUAUCAGGCAGCGGCUUGUUGUUGUUUCGGCGGGAGCAACUGCCUGACGGACGAUGACCUGACAGCCUGUCCGUCUGCGGCGGACACCCUCAACGACGCGAAUGAAGCGGGCAGCACCAACUCCAUCUGGAAUCCAAUCACGCCGACACCAACGGGGGCAACCCCGCUCCUGCGGCCCGUCGGCGCGAGCGAGCCGGCUGCAUUUCAACCCACGCCAGUGCACACGCCGGCGGCUCCCGCCAUCUUCGAACAAGGCGACUCCUCCCCCGGGGAAACCGGGGUGGGUGGUGUUGGUUCUUUCGAGCAGUCCUUGCCGCCGCCGGCACCGUCUCUUGAGGCUGCAGCACUUUCGCCGGCCCUCUCUGCGACCAGCACGAGCCAAGUUCCGGGAUCGCUCGUGGUGCACCCCGGGGAUCCUGCCGAACUAGUUAUCGACACGCAAGAGCUGUUAGAUCUUAUGGAACAAGAUCCCGGCGAUUUUGAUCUAGGCGAAAGUCACGGCGACGCGGAGGCAGGUGCAGUACACCUGGAGCCGAUUGUAGCGCAAGCGGGGCCCGCGGCACACCUGCUAACGCCGCAGCUGCAUACGACGCCGGGGGCUUCGCCAGCUUCCAUUACGAGUGCGUUUAGUUGCUUUGCCACAGUGACGCCAGCUAGCGACGCAGCAGGAGAAGUACCGUCUCAGCGCGGAAAUAAUUCGCUCCCGCUCGUCCUCCCACCAAACGCGACGUCGUUCUGUCCGGAACCGCAGGGCAUUGCGUCCGGCCCUUCCGGAAUACUGAUGCAAGCGAUCGACAACGCGUGCGGUGCUCCUGGAACGGUGCAAGAGUUGGUGCGAGAAUACCAGAGUAGAGAAGCGUCACCAGCGCUGCAACCCCAGAGAGAUGAGGUGAUGGAUCAUGUGGCAGCUGUGGGUGCAGGAACUGCGUCAACAUCCGCAGCUUCUCCCUUGCGCCCGGCUUAUUCCGGAGCUUCUGCGACUCCGCAGUCUGCAACGCGAACGGCUCCACCGAUGCGGCCGACCGCCAUUGCCCCGUCGCCGGUCCUGCAGCCGACGCCGGGUGGGUAUUUCGUGGCGGACGCGACGGCCAAGCGGCUAGCCAUGUGUGGGCCGCCCCCCAAGGCGAAAGCGAAACCGGUCGCGGGGGCCACCGGCUGUCGUGGGGCAGAGCAACAGCAGCGGCAGGGAAACAGUGG